UCCAUCAGGUACAUCAACAGUAUGGAACCUAGAAACCAAACAAGUGUUUCUGAAUUCCUUCUAUUUGCCCUUACAGAGGAUCCAGAACAGAGGUCUCUGCUCUUUCUCCUGUUUCUCUCCAUAUACAUGAUCACUGUCUUUGGAAACAUGCUUAUUGUUGUGCCUGUUGGAUCUGACCCUCACCUCCACACCCCUAUGUACUUCUUUCUUGCCAAUCUGUCCUUUACGGACAUCUUUUUCAGCACAACCACAAUCCCAAAGUUGCUAGUGGACCUCCAAGGAGAGAAGCAGAGCAUCACUUAUACAGGCUGUCUCACCCAGGUCUGCUUUCUCUUGCUUUUCACUGUUUUAGAUAAUUUUCUUCUUGCAGCAAUGGCCUAUGACCGCUACGUGGCCAUUUGUCACCCACUGAGAUACACGGUCAUCAUGAAUCCCCGCCUCUGUGGCCUGCUGACUCUACUGUCUCUGUUCAUUAGCACUGGGGAUGCCCUUCUGCACAGCCUGAUGGUGUUGCGGCUCUCUUUCUGCACAGACCGCAAAAUCCCCUACUUCUUCUGUGAAGUUAUUCAAGUCCUCAAGAUUGCCUGUUCUGAUACCCUCAUCAAUACCAUCUUCAUAUAUCUUGCAGCUACUGUAUUGGGAGGUAUUCCUCUCUUCGGAAUCAUUUUCUCUUAUGUACAAAUUGCCUCCUCCAUUAUGAAAAUGCCAUCAACAAGUGGGAAGUAUAAAGCUUUUUCUACCUGUGGGUCUCACCUCUCAGUAGUUUUCUUAUUUUACGGGACAGCCUUUGGUGCGUACAUUACUGCUGCGUUUACACACUCCUCCAAAAAGACUGCAGUGAUUCCAAUGAUGUACACCAUGAUCACGCCUAUGAUGAACCCUUUCAUCUAUAGCCUGAGAAACAAAGACAUGAAAGGAGCCUUGAGAAAAUUUGUCAGGAGUACAACUUCUUUCCAGUGA